CCAAAAAACAGAUGCUAAUCUCUCUCGCUCCUCCAAUUUUAACUCUUCACUUGAAGAGGUUUCAACAGGCUGGAUUUAACCUACGGAAGGUUAACAGGCAUAUCAAGUUUCCAGAAGUGAUAGACUUGGCUCCUUUCUGUACAGCUAAAUGUAAAAAUGUGGCUGAAGGCAAUACAAAAGUACUGUACUCUCUCUAUGGAGUUGUUGAGCACAGUGGAACGAUGAGGUCCGGUCACUACACUGCUUAUGCUAAGAUGAGAAGUAUGAACAACCACCUCUCUGAUCUGGUCCUUCGAGGACAAUCUCCUCAAGCAUCAGAAGCUGAACCCAUAAAAGGGCAGUGGUUCCACAUCAGUGAUACCCAUGUACAAGCUGUGUCUGCAUCAAAAGUGCUGAGCUCACAAGCCUAUCUCCUGUUCUACGAGCGACUGCUGUAACUCCUCUGAGAAAUGCUCUUGUGUGUGCAGCCGUCUUCAAGUGGCCUGGAAGAAGGCAGACUUGCAAAUCACGUUGUUAUCAAUCAGGUUGGAGCUACUGUAUACAACUGCAGGAAUAUACUUUAUGCUUCUUAAGACACUGACAAGUGAUUAACUUAUACUUUUUUCAG